AUGACCACUACUGUCACCAACACUACAGCCAAUAUGACCACUACUGUCACCAACACGACAGCCAAUAUCCCCGGUUCUGUCACCGCCACGACAACCCCUGUCACCAGCAAUACAACAAUUCCUAACAUAGGUCCAAGUGAAAACCCAAACUGCAUCAUUUAUCAACAUCCCAUGCAAAGCUGCACAGUAGAAAAGAAAGAAACAUUUACAUGCAAAGUAGAAAAUCCAGUGGGUUUUGAAGAUAAAACCACUCUGACCAUCUUUUUGGAUCCAAUUAUCUGCAAUGAUGAUGAGUAUGGGGCUGGAAGAACAGGUGACAGAGCAGAAGGAAAGUGUGAAGAAGGUCAAACGGGGGCCAAGAUUGUAGAGUGUCUGGCAUCAGGAAACUGGAAACUUGUAGAGGACAACUGCAUUGUAGCCAUAAUCAAUGAAUUACAAAUUGAGGCAGAGGAUCUGAAAGAGCAAGAAAUACCAGUAUUCACAGGAAAUUUAAGUAAAGCUGUACAGAAAGAAGAAAAACAAAUCACCAAGUCAUCCGCAACAAUAUCUGCUAUUGUUAAUAUCUUAAAUACAAUUGCAAGUGUUUCAACAGAUGUAAAAGAAGAUGUCAUGCAGAAUGUACUGGAUACUGUUGAUGUCAUAAUUAGUGAUGAUGCAAAGGAUUCUUGGACUUUUCUGAAUACAGAUGAAAACCAAAAUUCCAGCUCACUUUUGCUAGGUUCACUAGAAACGCUUUCUGAAAGGCUAAAUGGAACAUUUACAUUACGUACCCAAAGGAUUCAGCUUACAAGAACAACAUUCAGAAACUCAUUCAGUGAAGAGCUGAACUCCACAGUGUCAAUAACAAUCCCAGCAACAGGCCCCAAAGAUAUAGUUAUCACCACAAUUCUUUUUUCCUCUUUGAAUAAUGUUAUGCCAACACGGACCUCUACGUUCAACGUUAGCCUUUUGAAUUCCACCAGCAAUGAAACUGACACUGAGAAUGCCAUCAACGCUGCUGUUCUUCUUGUCAAAAUAGAUGAAACAAUUAAAAAUGUUACCUUAAGUUACAACAAGCUCAAUACAACCCUAAAACAAAAUCCACAGUGCGUCUUCUGGAAUUUUACACUCUUAGAUGAAAUUGGGGCUUGGGAUGAUGAGGGCUGUGAGUUUGUUUCUGACAUAAAUGACACUGUAACCUGCACCUGCAAUCACCUUACAUCUUUCUCAAUUCUUAUGUCAACUAGUAUCCCUGAAUCAAUCAGAACAUUAUUGGAUAUAAUGACAUAUAUUGGAGUUGGGAUAUCAAUGAUCAGCCUUCUAAUUUGCCUCGUUAUUGAAGGAAUUGUUUGGAGAGCCCUAACCAAAAAUAGCACUGCUUUUAUGCGCCAUGUUGCCAUUGUCAACACAGCGCUGUCCCUGCUGAUUGCUGACAUCUGCUUUAUCAUUGGAGCAGCUAUCGCAAAGAACCCUAAAGAAAACGGGGUCUAUGAUGACCUCAACGGAACCAUAGACGUGUCGUCGGGGGUCUAUUACAACCACAACGGAACCGUAGACGUGUCGUCGGAGGGCCACCCUCCACACCCUGAACUCAACCCCUGCCCCUCGGCGGCGCUGACUUAG